CUCCAACAAUAUCAAAUAUCUCUCAAUACUCAAACUGAGACCCAUUCAGGCCUUAAUUUCAGCUUUAAUGGUAUCAAAUUUAGUCUUUAUCAAAGAACCUUGAGAUCCUGAUUAUGAUCAGCAAUAGCGUCUCCCUCUUGUAGAAGCCUCAAAAUCUGAUUUCGUUAAAUUAUUCUCCAAUAAAUCUUUAUUAAUUAAAAAUGAUAAGACUGGGCUCAAAGUUCCGAUAUUCUUUGGAUUAUAUAACUGGGAAGAUAUAUGGAGACGCUCACUUCGGCAGAUAGUAACAAGCAUCGAUGAUUGUUAAACAGAUGUGGGCUCAAUGGCAGUUGAUCAGCCGCUGGGUCACUGUAUUAGAAAGAAUCAUUCAGGGGUGGAGUAAGAGGGGAGAUACUAAGAAUGAAUAACAGAGAUACAAUUCUGCACUUAAGUCAAGAGGGUUGACUUAAAGCUAGGUCUUGGUGGAAAGCCAUUGUUGAUCAGGGAUAUAAAAGGACUGGUUAUCUAAAUCAGCUAGAUUUCAUUCACCCAGCAGCAUUGACUCUACAGUUAGGCCUUACACUUUAAAAGCUAAUAGCAAAUUUGGCACCCUCAGGAAUGGCAGUAGCCAACUUUAUUGUGAUGAGCAAUGUUUAAUAGUUUUUCUAGAAUCUUGUUAUGUAUUCGAUAGUAGCUUAAGAUGCGAGUCUAGAGUAGUUAUAAGGCUUCUAUAAGAGGGAGUUGCCAUUGAUGAUCAUAACCAGGAUCUCAGAGUUCUUUGUCAAAGGCUAAAUUUUAUAUCAUUAGAGCUGAGACUGGUGCUUGAAUGGGCCUCAGUUUGAGUAUUGAGAAAAAUUUGAUAUUGUUGGAGUUUAGAGCAAGUGGACACUAGGUUUUUAAAUUUGAGCUAACUUGUUUGACGAGUGUAAAUACAGGUUUAGUACUAGGUUAGGAUUUUUAAUUGUAAGCCAUUUUUCAGAUUGAAUAAUCUGCUAUCAUCGUUACGAGGAAAAAGAACAGAAAAAUGAAGCACUUCCGAAUAUAUAAUUAAUUUUUCAUUGAUUUUGGUUUCAGAUGACUAAAUAGUUCUCUGUAUAGAUAACAUCAAGCUAGACGAGACAAAGUAUAUCCCUUACCAUAUUAUAAUUACCAUAUGCAGAGGACAUUUUGUGUGAUUGGUCAAUUCCUCUGAAGCUGAAAUGUACCUCUCAAAAUUGAUGCCUGAUUCAAGUGAACCAAGAUGCAAGAGUUCAACUCGCAAAACUCGCUCUAGAUCCUCAGGCAGAUCACCUGACAAAUCUUCUGCAUUGAUAAAGGAUACAAAAAUCUCAACUCUUAAUGCGAGGAUGAAAUCAAUUUGCAAAGUCGUGGCUCACGAAAUGUGUUUCCACAUGAACAACUUAAUCCCAGGCUGCUUUGAACUAAUGAGGUUCUACUUCCUAAUUGACACGAAUCUGAACCCUAUCCUGAAGGAGAUCUCUCGCAAUCUUGAUGAAGAGGUACAUAAGUGAUCAAUCUUAUAGAGAUUCUUUACCAGCCAUAGGAAGAGAAUAGUGGAAUCUUCGAUCAGAUUAAUCAGAAGUAUAACUACCAAAGCUAGAGUGUACAAACGCAAGAGCGUUAUGGAGUUGGCCAACGAAGCCAGAAAAUUGAACAAAGGAACGAAGCAAUUUGAGCUUUUGUAUAAGUUUUAGUCAGU